AUGUUUGAUGAACUAAAUGCUCUCACUAAAACUCAUACUUGGGACCUGGUGGAAUUGCCUUCUGGGAAGUCUGCAGUUCGAUUAGCUGUUGUGCGUUAUUGGCAAUUGUUUCAGAUGGAUGUCAAAAAUGCAUUCUUGAAUGCUGAUCUUGCUGAGGAAGUUUAUAUGCAUCCUCCACCUGGCUAUGACCAUCCUCCUCACACAGGCUUUGUCCCUAGUGUCUAUGACUCUACACUUUUUCUUCAUACUAAUAGUGCUGGUAUUAUUCUUAUCCUUCUUUAUGUUGAUGACAUGAUCAUUACAGAGGAUGAUCGCUCUAGUUCUGAUGGAUAUUAUCUCUCUCAAGCUAAGUAUGCGUCUGACUUGCUUUCCAAAGCAGGCUUGACAGAUAGCAAAACAUGCAUUUCUCCACUUGAACAUAAUACUCGACUUCUUGCUACUCUGUACAGACAACUGGUCGGUAGUCUCAUCUAUCUCACUGUUACCCGCCCAGACAUUUCCUAUACGGUUCACUUGGUUAGCCAGUUUAUGAGUGCACCUCGCUCUACUCAUUAUGCUGUCGUUCUUCGUAUCUUACGCUAUGUCAAUGGGACUUUGUUUCAUGGCCUUCACUUUUCUUCAUGCUCCUCUCUUGAGCUCCGCUCUUACUUUGACGCUGACUGGGCCGGUGAUCCUACCGAUCGUCGCUCCACCACGGGUUAUUGCUUCUUACUCGGCACCUCUCGAAUUUCUUGGCGUACUAAGAAGCAAACUGUUGUUGUCCGAUCCAGUACUAAGGCUGAGUACCGUGCACUUGCCGAUAUUACAGCUGAACUUUUGUGGUUACGAUGGCUUUUGACAGACAUGGGUGCUCAUUAG